AAUUUGUUUGGAAUGUUGAAGAGGAUUUCAAGCCUGUUCCAGAUACCUGGAUUCCAGCAAAGGACAUAGAGUUCUCUAAUGGCAAUCCUUUGCCUGAUGAAAAUGGACAUAUGCCAGGUUGGGUGCCUGUAGAGAAGAAUAGUAAGCAGUAUUGCUGGCACUCAUCUGUGGUAAAUUAUGAGGCCGAAGUAGCACUGGUGUUGAAACAUCAUGCUGACCCGGGGCUUCUGGAAAUCAGCCCGGUGCCGCUAUCAGAGAUUUUAGAACAAACUUUGGAGCUUAUUGGGACUAAUAUUAAUGCAAAUCCAUAUGGAUUAGGAAGCAAGAAGCAGCCUGUACAUCUUCUUGUACCACAUGGAGCAUUUGAAAUAAAGAAUCCACCUACUUUGAAACAAAAUGACAUACUGUCUUGGUUUGAAGGCUGCAGCGAGGGUAAAGUUGAAGGAAUUGUGUGGCACUGCCAUGAUGGGUGUUUAAUCAAGCUCCAUCGCCAUCAUCUUGGUUUACGCUGGCCACUUGCAGAGACAUACCUGAAUUCUCAGCCUGUUGUAAUUUCUUUUAAUAGAACUAAGUAUGACUGUGACUUUGAACCAAAGAGUUUGUUUCACCAUUUUUCAAACUUGGAUGGUCAAAGAUUUGACAGACUGAAAGAUAUCAAGUUUGAUGCUUGAGAUGAUCUUUCUCUUUUAGGUUGUCGUCUGUGCUGCAUUUCUCUUACUUGUGUCUACCACAGAACUCUUUACAAAUAAUCUUCUAGGUUAGGCAGCAGGCUAGGUACUGUACAAUUUUAAGUUUUUCCUAAAUGACUGAUUUUAUAUAUAAAGAGAGAUCCAACAUCCAGAGCAGAGAUCUAACUUUCACCAUGUUUAUUUUCAGUUCUGAAAAAUCCCUAACU